GAGAGCCACCCAAGAUGGCGGCCGAGGCGGAGUACGAAUCCAUCCUGUGCGUGAAGCCGGACAUCAGCGUCUACCGGAUCCCGCCCCGGGCCUCCAACCGGGCCUACAGGGCAUCAGACUGGAAGCUGGACCAGCCGGACUGGACAGGUCGCCUCCGCAUCACUUCUAAGGGGAAGGUGGCCUAUAUCAAGCUGGAGGACAAAGUGUCCGGGGAACUGUUUGCCCAGGCCCCGGUGGACCAGUACCCUGGCAUCGCCGUCGAGACCGUGACAGAUUCCAGCCGCUACUUCGUCAUCCGGAUCCAGGACGGCACAGGCCGCAGCGCCUUCAUCGGCAUCGGCUUCAGCGACCGUGGGGAUGCCUUUGACUUCAAUGUCUCUCUGCAGGACCACUUCAAAUGGGUGAAGCAGGAGUCUGAGAUCUCCCGGGAGGCUGAGAAGCCCGACACCCACCCCAAGCUGGACCUGGGCUUCAAGGAGGGGGAGACCAUCAAGCUUAGUAUUGGGAACAUCACCACGAAGAAGGGGGGCCCCACCAAGCCUCGGCCCGUGGGAGCCGGGGGUCUGAGCCUUCUGCCACCCCCGCCCGGGGGCAAGAUCUCCAUCCCACCCCCUGCUUCCUCUGUGGCCAUCUGCAACCAUGUCACCCCGCCCCCUGUCCAGACAUCCAGCCAGGGCGGGGGCGAGUCAGACAUCCUGCUGGACCUCGAUGCUCCAGCCCCGUCCACCAAAGCUUCAGCCUCCGUUCCUGCAGCCCCGGACCUCUGGGGUGGCUUCAGCACAGCUGCCAGCCCUCUUCCCAGUCAGGCACCUGAGCCGUCCGGCUGGGUCCAGUUUUGAGCUGCGGCUGGAGCAGCUGGGAUCUGAUGUCGUGACCAAGAGGCUCUGCCAGCCAGUGCUGGGGCAGGGGAGGGAGCCGCCUGCUCCCCCUGUCCUUCGCCCCCUCCAGACCCAGGACCACCAUCUUACCCUCUUGUCUGUCUGUCCAAGCAUCUCUCCCUGCAUCCGGGGUCCCCCUGGGGCCCCGAGUGGGGACCAGGGUGUUGGCACAAUCAUCUCUACCCCUCCCCCAUCCUCCAUUGUUUCUGUAAUUUAUUCCUGGAUUCUCUCUGGACUCCACAGAGCUUGGGGUGGGGUCUGAACUCAGAUUGGGUAGGUCAGGGCUAAGAUGCCACUGCCCUCUCUCAGACCCCCUUUCUGAGCAGGUCAAGGCUCUGAGGUUACAGAUUCCACUGGGGCAGAGGGGCACCCUUGGCCCCGCCUCGAGCUGGGGACCGAACCUCUACCCUUCUAUGUUUACAGACCCGGUCCUAUCCUCAUCCAGCAAAGAGGUUCAGGCCCGAACUUCCCACUCUUCCUCUAUCCCUUUUACAUCCCCAGUCUGCCUCUAUGUCCUGAGGGUCACAAGGGGUGUGGAAGCCCCUAUAGCUUAGAAUUUCUCUGGCCCUGUCCCCCACCCCCGUUCCUACACAGGAUGCUCCAUUGUGUCAUUCUGCGGUUGGGGGACUGUCGCAGAGAGCGCUCCUGGCUCUGAAAUGGCAAUGGUGGUGUCCUUGUCCCCAAAUCUGCCUGGCUGGUGGUUUUCCCCUCCUCAGCCCAGGCAGCUCCUGUUCUCUCUGUUGUCUCUCUGAGCAAAGUCUGAGCCUCCCCCCCACCACACACACACAGGAUGCUGACAAACAAGUUCUUGUUCUCUGCCCACUCAGCUGCCAGCGACACUGGUUCUGUUCCUGGUGGUCCCUGUAAGUCUCCCCACCCCCAGAAACACUACAGCCAGAAGCUCCCUGUCCCCCUCAUCCCCCUGUGUUCUGUCUUCAAGUCCAUGUCCCCCAGAUGAUAAUAUAUUCUGUAUUGGAACUGCUGCAACAGGGACAAUGAAGUCAAAUAUCUGUAUAUAAAGCAUAAGCUGUAUUGGUGCAAUAAAGUCGAUAAAGCUGAGGAAAAA